CUUGCUAUUUACAUUGUCAAGUCGAAAAAAUGGAGCGUGCGGUAACCUCACGGUAACAAUUCAACCACUGCGUGCUAUAAAUCAUCUCAAACAUGCUGUUGGAAGUCGUACUGGCUGUGGUGGUCCUGGCAUUAACAGUGGUGAUAUGGACUGUGGUGAAAUCCAGACGCGUGAACAUAGAGGACCUGGAGAUAAACGGCACGAGACGACCUUUGGGGAGAUUUGAGAAAUUCAUGGUAACAGCAUAUGGGUCCAAUGCAAGCAUAGCGCAUGCGUGCAUCGUAUCAUCAAAACAUCCUUUAUCGUCGGCUCAAGUCCAAAAGGCAGCAGAGAUGUUGACCGAUCGUUACCAACUGCUACGCUCGCGUGUUGACGACUCCGAUACUGAAAAACCAUGUUUCGUGCCUAUGGAUAAUUUUACAGUUUCCAUGGAAACGGUUGAUUCCACUUCCUGGCAGGAUGUUCUGGAAGAACGCGUGAUGGCAAGAUACAACACGACAACUGGUCCGCUCUGGUCUGUUAGAUUUCUGCCCAAAGUUCAGUACAAAGUAGGACUGGAUUCUGAAGUGGAAGAUGCAGAAUAUCCAUUUCUGUGUGGCGUCGUGUUUGGUUUUCAUCACGUGAUCAUCGAUGGCUGCUCCCGUAUUCGACUGGCUGACCAUUUUCUGACCUAUCUGGAUGACGUCAUCAAAGGAGUAGAUACUCCAGUGGAACCAAUGAAAAUGCAACCCGCUAUUGAAUAUUACAUAGCUGAUGAAAUUAACCCCGGAUUUCUGUUUCAGCUCUUUGCACUCACAGCGAAGUUUGUUAUGGCCAUACCAGGGGUCCACAGUGUCUGUCUGAUGUUUUUUGGAAAGAGAACUAUUUACACAGAAAAAUGUGGAUUAGAGGAGGAAAGACAUCCUAAUCUUGGUAAGAAAACCUGCAUAAUCCCUAUGGAGUUUUCACGGGAAGACACAAGCAGGCUUUUGACGAAAUGUAGAGAAAACAACGCUACCGUUCAUGGAGCUGUCCAAGCGUCCGUGUCGGUGUCAUUAGCAAAGCUCUUGCAAGAAGGGGAGAUAACCAAAGAGAUGGAAUUACCAGUUGGCUGCACCGUCAACUUAAGACCUCUUAUUAAGGGUACUCCCGUUCCCGCGGACUGCCUUGGUUCAUAUUUUGUGCCCAUGUUUAUUAUGCAAACCAUCAAACCGCCUGACGACUUCUGGAAAAUGGCGUCACGGACCACAGAACAGGUAAAACACGGACUGAAGCAAGGACCCGCUAAUGAAUUUAUGAAUUUCUACAGUUUCAUGAUGGAGCUGAACCUGUCUAAAGACGGUCGGUACAUCGUGAUAUCAGAACUGACCAAUCUCGGUAACUGCAAAUUCCUGGAACGAACUCUUCAAAGUGAGGUGAAAUUUCGGGCCAUGCAUUCAUGCACUGCAGAGCACGACUUUGGUCCUAUAUUCUCAACUAGGGUCAUCACGUUUAACGGACAGCUGUUCUGGACCAUCUGCUAUUACACUAAUAUCACGAGCAGAGAGCGAGCCGUUGAAUUCGCAGAGAGUGUCAAAGAAACUUUGAAAGCAGCUCUAAUGUAAAACGAUAGAACAUCGGUCUUGAUGGCGUAGUGAUUUUAAAAGUCAUAUGACGGCACUUAGUAUAUUGCAGAGGCGAAUCGGGUGGGGGUGAUGGGACAGCAGCCCGGGCCCCCAUACAUUUUGCGAUAGUUAUAACAUUAUUUAUUAAUUUUGACCUCACUCCAAAGUUCCCUUGGCAUUCCGCCUCAUGGCAUUAAUCCGCCACUGUAUUGUUUUUACAUGGCGGAAGAUAGAGAUUAUUGUACGAGCUUGUGUGUCGUACUGAUUUUACGAAACGAAUGUCAGGAUUAUUGUAUUGCCCGAGCGUCAUUACACUUGUUAUUACACGUGUGCUUCGUAUGAUUAUUACUAACUCGGUUAUGUUGAAUCAUAUGGAUAAUAAAAACAUUUAGUAACGGUGUCGUAACGGGAACUGAAACGCUACGUUAUCGUAUCAAUCAAUCGGUCAAUCAUUUAUUUGCGUAUAUGAAUUGUACAAACAUGAACAAUAAUAACAACAGCAAGAAAAGAAGAAGAAGAAAAAGACAUGUUAUAAUGGUUGCAAUAUCCUAGCACAAUUAUUCUUUAUAUACUAGUAACAAUAUUUAACGAGACUUAGUGAUACCUCAAAUUACAUUAGAAGAAACAAUUGUCUACAAAAAUGCGUAUUUCCAUUUGAUUAUGUAUUUAUUUAUUUCAGUUGUACGGGAACGAUUGUGCUCUACGUGUCCAUUUUUUUUUUUUUUUUUUUUUUUUUUUUUAUCGUGUAUUGAAAUUUGCAAAACUGUAUAUUAUUAUUAUUACUUUCUGGUCUAUUAUCACAUACAAUUAAACGACCGUUUUCAAUUUAAUUAUCC